CACUUUACAAUUUUAUUAUCAAAAUAAAUUCAUUUGGUUGUAUAAAUUAAGUGUACCUCUAGUUUUUAUUUCCGACGAUAAAGAAAUAAUACAUAUGCCUCGCUGUUUUAUCAAGCCUUCAAGAAAGAGAGGUGGAGAAGAUGGCUCGGUUUUGAACAUGAGCCACAAUCGAAUCACAAGAAGUGAGGCACUUAAGCCUGAUAUGUUAAGUAAUUUAAAAAUCAAGGAAAAUAAUGAUGAUUGGAGUGAAGUCAACGAGCUGCCUAUUACAAUAAGAUGGGAGCUUUUUAAGCUUCCAGAUAAAACAGAGAUAAAAUACAUUGAACCAGAGUAUGACUCUCCCCCGUUGAGUGAAACAUCGGACAAUGAAACAGAAAGUGCUCUUGAUUCAUCAAGCAUUUUGAUGCAAGAAUCAAUGCCGACAGAAGACAUGGCCGAACUGAGCUAUCUGCUUAAUGCUCUUACAGGACUCAGUCAGAUGAGUAAGGACAAUACAACUGAGAGUAGCAACAGCCAGCAUAAGUCUGCGGAAGGCAAGCUAGAGUCUACUUUGCACUACUGCUCGUACUGCAACAAGGGGUUCGACCGACCUUGGGUGCUGAAGGGUCAUAUGAGACUUCACACCGGUGAGCGACCCUUUACCUGCUCCAUGUGUCACAAGAGCUUUGCUGACAGGAAGUUGGUUAUUGAAGGCCACAUAGCAUUGCACUUAGAGGAGACGCUGAUUUAUUGCUCUAUGUGUUAUGCGAGCUUGGCUGAGAGGUCUAAUCUAAGAGCGCACCAACGCACAAGAGGUCAUCAUCAGUGGGCUUGGCGAUGUAAAAUGUGCGGAAAGGCGUUCUCCCAGAGGAAAUACAUGGUACGCCACUGCCAGAACGCUUGCAUCAAGUACCUACUUACCCAGAACGAUAAAACUGAAGAAUCCAAGAACGUUGUAAAUGAAAAGCCAAAGAAAAGGAGAGAAUUGAAGAACGAUAAAAGUGAAGAGUUAAAGUGCGAUAACAGUGAAGAACUGAUGGGAGAACCAAUUGAAUCACAUUGAUGUUGAAGAGUUUCGUAGUUGUGUUUCUAGAAUUUUCAAACUUGUUUACAGCCAUCUUACUGUUAAAUUUGAAGUAAAAUUUUAUCAGUGUUACGUUUUUGUAAUUAAUGAUAGGCUCUGUCUAGUUUUAAAUCUAUAUUGUCUUGGAGUGAGGAUUCCCUAUGCAACCCAAGUUUUUAUAUUUGUCUAAAUGUUGCAACCGUAAAUACAUGCAUUGUUUGUAACAAUUUAAGUUUUGUUAUUGAAGUAAACGUUUUUGAAAAUAUGUAUUUUGAAAUGAGUAGCAAGUUACACUUACUAACGAAUGCAUGUUUUUGCAUUAAAUAAGCCUACAAAUUAUAUUUUUG